GUGUAAUUACAGCGCGUGUCGCUGUGCGUAAAUGACAGGAGGUUUUGUGUGUCUGUUGGCAACGACAGCCUCCGAUCACAGCUGGUCCCCAAACAUGGCACCAAAAGACCCUCUGCUUGCCACCCUCAAAGUGUGUGUGCUGAAUCUGCAGUCACAUGGAGAGACGGUGUCAGACACCAACCCUCACCUCGCCUCCUGCUGUGAGCUUCUUGAGCUGGUCCUCAGAAAGGGGCUCCAACAGCCGGUUCUCAGUCUGGUACAAAGAGACUACUGGCACUGUUUUGAACAGCUUAUCCACCAAGAUGCCUGCGGCAGGCUGUCCGCCCUGUCCUUGGUAGUGGAGCAGACCAGAGUUUGCAAAAAGCUGCUCUCAGCUCAGGGCCGAGGCCGCUACCUGCUCAGACUGGCCCUCAGUCGCAAGACGUUACCACAGUUCAUCACACACCUGCUGCACACACCCAGAAUCCUUGAGUGGUACAGUCCGACAAUGUCAAUCCUCAGGAAUGAGGAAUUUGUGGAGCCUUUCAUGUCGCUGCUACUGGUCCUCUCUCACAUGGAGUUUAAACUCAACAUGGAGAAUUGCAGUUUUCUGGAUGAGAGCUGGCUCCUUCCGGUGUGUGAGACAUAUGAAGUAGUGCCCUGUCGGGAGGUAGGGUUGGUGUUGAGGUAUCUCCAUGGGCGUGUCUUCGUCCUCGAACUGACACCUGGUAGUCAGGCUCAUGUUGACAAGUUUAUCUGUCCUGGUGACAUCAUUGAUGAGAUCAAUGGGACCUCACUGAGGAAUUCUAAGAAUGGACAGGCAGGUGUCGUUAUGUCUCGUCUGAAGGGCUGCCCUCUGUCCAUCAGCGUUCUGCGGUGGAGGGCUCAGGAUGGGACAGUGUAUCGGCCCAUUAUCAAGCUCCUGCGGGCCCUGACGACGGAGAACCCCAGCCUGCAGCUUGGUCCUGCUCCCUCCCAGCAGUCAGCCAACAAAGACCAGAGAAACUCUCCGUCACAGUGUCUCAAAGAGGGAAGGAUUGUGUACAUUGUGCAGUAUUUGGGAAAAGCAAGCAUUGGAACGUUUGGGGGCAAGGAGGUGCUACAGCAGGGCAUUAAAGAAGUAUUGCAGAAAAACCUGCCUAGCAAGGAAGUGCUCUUAGAUAUGAAGGAGACGCAUUUGACAUGCACAGAUAGAAACAGUAAACAAGAGCUGUUUGAGCAUCACUAUCCAGAGAUUUCAUGUGUAGGAAGAUAUGGUCAACCAGACUACACAGUAUUUGCAUUCUGUGUGGCAGACUCCCCAGAAACCCCUGAGUCAACAGGCUUCUGCUGUGUGGCACUAAGAGCCAGCAGCAUCAAGGAGUGUGAAGAGGUUGUCUGCCGUAUUGCUACUGGUUUCAAGCAUACUGAAUGGUUUGUAUGACAACUCACCAAUGGCCAACUGUUCAUUUGUAAAUAAAAUGUCAACUGUGUUUAAAGAUCACGUAAACACUGUAUUACUGACUGAAUACAACACAACACAAAGCAUUCUACUCAUAAAGACCUUUAAUAGAAAGACAUGUGACAACAUUUUCAUAAAUAGUAUUAAAUGUAGCUGCCAAGAUUUUAUGUUGAAAAACACGUAAAAAGCAGUCCAGAAAAAUACAGGAGGGGUCUGCCAUGCUCCCAGUCAUUGAGUGCAGAGCAUCAACUGUAGCAGAUAAUACCCUGACACUGCAGUGAGAUCAGCUGAGCAAGACAUGCUGGCAUAUUUGUGAGAAGUGGUAGAUGAGUGAUGAGACCCUGGACCCCUGCGGAAGAUGUGGAGAAUGCAUCCUCGCUUCAAAAGACAACUCCAUCCCCAGAGGGAGUCUGAUACCCACAACUUAAGGUGGUAUUAUGGCUGACACAUGUAAUGACCCAUGAUAAAAUAAAAA